UAUAAAAGAACAGAAAAGAAAAGAAAAAGAACAGUUAGCACAACAAAGAAUAAGUCUUCAGCUCGACAUACCCCCAGUAUCUCGUUUCGGUCUCCGAUCUUCAAAUCCAAAUUUGAACAACCCAACCCAAGCAAAACACACACACAUACACACUAGUAGAGAGAUAAGACUAGUAUUUGGACUGAUGAUAAUGGGUCGAUUUGGAGAGAGGUUAGUGGCGUUUUUCAACAACAGAUGGCUGGUUUUUGUGGCCGCAAUGUGGAUGCAAUCAUGUGCGGGUAUUGGGUACUUGUUUGGGAGUAUAUCGCCUGUGAUUAAGAGCUCUAUGAACUACAAUCAGAAGCAAAUUGCGAGAUUGGGUGUUGCCAAAGACCUCGGGGACAGUGUUGGGUUCUUGGCUGGGACUUUGUGUGAGGUCUUGCCUUUAUGGGCUGCUCUUCUUGUUGGUGCUUUGCAGAACUUUGUUGGGUAUGGUUGGGUUUGGCUGAUCAUCACUGGCCGAGCUCCUGCUUUGCCUUUGUGGGCUAUGUGCAUUCUUAUAUUUAUGGGGACAAAUGGUGAGACCUACUUCAAUACUGCAGCUCUGGUCUCCUGUGUGCAAAACUUUCCAAAAAGCCGUGGUCCCGUGGUGGGAAUACUAAAGGGAUUUGCCGGGUUAAGUGGUGCAAUUCUGACUCAAAUAUAUGCAUUGAUUCGUACCCCUGAUCACGCUUCACUCAUCUUCAUGGUUGCAGUUGGGCCAGCAAUGGUGAUUAUUGCCCUUAUGUUCAUUGUCAGACCUGUUGGAGGUCACAAACAAGUCAGACCAUCUGAUGAGAUGAGUUUCUCAUUUAUCUAUAGCGUCUGCCUCCUUUUGGCUGCUUAUUUGAUGGCGGUCAUGCUUGUUCAAGAUCUAGUUGAUUUGAAUGAAAAUGUGAUCAUAAUUUUCACGGUGAUUUUAUUUAUUCUUCUAUUAAUCCCCAUUAUAAUUCCUGUCUGGUUGAGUUUUUUCUCAGAGACGAGAGAUCCGGCAGAAACAGCUCUUCUGCAUGAGCCACAGAAACAAGGACCAAGCCAAUCCGAACAUGAUGUGAAUGAGGUUAUAUUUAGUGAGAUGGAAGAUGAGAAACCUAAGGAAUUAGACUUGCUUCCAGCUUCAGAGAGGCAAAGGAGAAUCGCCCAGCUGCAAGCAAAGCUAGCCCAAGCAGCAGCAGAAGGAGCUGUGAGGGUCAAGCGGAGAAGGGGCCCACAUAGGGGGGAGGACUUUACCUUGACACAGGCUUUGAUAAAGGCUGACUUUUGGCUCAUCUUUUUCUCACUUCUAUUGGGAUCUGGAUCUGGUUUGACAGUGAUCGAUAAUUUGGGUCAGAUGAGCCAAUCUUUAGGAUAUAAUGAUACGCAUAUAUUUGUUUCCUUGAUCAGCAUUUGGAACUUUCUUGGUCGUGUUGGUGGGGGUUACUUUUCUGAGAUUAUUGUCAGGGACUAUGCUUAUCCAAGGCCAGUGGCCAUGGCUGUUGCCCAAGUCAUAAUGGCAUUUGGGCACUUGUUCAUUGCUAUGGGUUGGCCUGGAGCAAUGUACAUUGGUACUCUGCUGAUUGGGCUUGGGUAUGGGGCCCACUGGGCAAUUGUGCCGGCUGCUGCCUCCGAGUUGUUUGGCUUGAAAAAAUUUGGAGCGUUGUACAAUUUUCUCACUCUGGCAAACCCUGCUGGUUCCCUAGUCUUCUCUGGUGUGAUUGCAAGCAGUAUAUAUGACAGUGAAGCAGAGAAGCAAGCUCAUCGACCACACCAUCAACGAGAUCUGGGAUCAAUAAUUUUAGGCAGCCUUGGCUCGGAUGAACCCCUGAAGUGUGAAGGUUCCAUAUGCUUUUUCCUGACAUCUAUGAUAAUGUCAGGACUUUGCCUUAUUGCAGUUGUUUUAAGCAUGAUUCUCGUCUAUCGCACUAGAAGUGUGUAUGCUCACCUUUAUGGAAAAUCUCAAACAUAGACUCGUGGGAAGAGAACCUACAUGGCUUUCAGAACUUGAUUAUUUUGGAUUAUUAUAUUUUGUGCAAGAUAGUGGAGAUUCUACUGUUUCCAACCUAUGUAAAGAUGUUCAUUGAGAGAUGAUGAUGGCAAACAUACGUCAUGACAGCUCUCCAGAGAAUGAGGACCAGAUGUACUUGGGGUAUUACCACACUCUUCUACUAACCCAGAUGGGUCUAUUUUGUUGAGUGAUGUUACAUCUUCUGUUUUGAAUGUCAAGUGUUGUAUCUUGUCAAACUUGGAUUAAACUGUUGAUCAUUAAACUCGGCUUUGUAAACCAUUUUGUAAUGAAUCCUGCUUUCAGCAGAGGAUUCCUUUUCCGAUUUCAGAUCUUUUAUGUUUUAGCAUCAA